AGCCCUUUCUGAUCACUCACAACGAAUCACUCACAACCCUCCUAAGCAUCCCAUUUUUCUUUUCCCCUAGCAUUUAUCAAAUCAUCUGCCUUUUCCUAGUACAUUUUCCACAUAUAUUCUGCCUGAUCAGUUUCUUGAGAGCCCAGAAAGAUGAAGCCAGUCUUCUUCACUUUGCUCCUCCUUGCUCUUGUUCUCAACUCCUGCUUCAUCCCAACCACAAUGGCUGGAUCAAGCUUUUGUGAUUCAAAAUGUGGAGUGAGGUGCUCGAAGGCUGGAGUGCAAGAUAGAUGCUUGAAAUACUGCAAAAUUUGCUGUCAAGAGUGCAAUUGCGUGCCUUCGGGAACUUAUGGGAACAAGCACGAGUGCCCCUGCUACAGGGACAAGAAGAACUCCAAGGGCAAGCCUAAAUGCCCUUGACUUAAUUCACCUGUUUCAUUUACCAAAUCUAGAGAGCACAAAUAUAUUACUACUGUGUAUCUUGGCCGUCACCGCUGGCCACUAAGUUAUAUGGUUGAAUAACUUAAAAAAGUGUUUUGGCUGUUUCCUCA